GAGCGACUCCUCCCACCUGCGCAUAAAAGCCAAGUGCAUGUUACCCGGCGCCGAUCAGAGCCCUUCCCCGGUCCUCUCCGUGGGAGCCCGCGAGCCUCUCUGCCCGACCUUACGUGCCCAAGGACAGAUUGCUUGCAUCAUUUCUGAGAUAAGUGGUUAAUCAACCAUGACAAGAGCACAGAAACUGUUCUGGAAGUACUGCAACAUUUGCUGAGGAGAGGGAGAGGAGCCCCAGGGGUGCCACAGGGGAGCACAAGCAGGGACAUUGGUCCUCCAUCUGGCAGGCCGGCCGAGUCUAAAUGUGAUGGCCGUGCCACCUGGCCCUCCGCAGCUGCUGCAAGUGCUGCUCACCAUUUCUCUGGGCUCCAUCAGGCUCAUUCAGGCUGGCGCCUACUAUGGGAUCAAGCCACUACCACCUCAGAUUCCUCCUCAGAUGCCACCACAAAUUCCACAAUACCAGCCGCUAGGUCAGCAAGUACCUCACAUGCCUUUGGCCAAAGAUGGCCUCACCAUGGGCAAGGAGAUGCCCCAUGCACAGUAUGGCAAAGAGUAUCCACACCUCCCUCAGUACAUGAAGGAAGUUCAACCGGUGCCAAGAAUGGGCAAGGAAGCAGUCCCCAAGAAAGGCAAAGAAAUACCAUUAGCCAGUUUACGAGGGGAACAAGGUCCCCGUGGAGAACCUGGCCCAAGAGGACCACCUGGGCCUCCCGGUUUGCCAGGUCAAGGGAUACCUGGAAUCAAAGGAAAACCAGGGCCACAGGGAUAUCCAGGAGUUGGAAAGCCAGGUAUGCCCGGAAUGCCAGGGAAGCCUGGAGCCAUGGGAAUGCCUGGGGCCAAAGGCGAAAUUGGACCCAAAGGGGAAAUCGGGCCCAUGGGAAUCCCAGGCCCACAAGGACCUCCAGGGCCUCAUGGACUUCCUGGCAUUGGGAAGCCAGGUGGGCCAGGGUUGCCAGGGCAACCAGGAGCAAAGGGUGAUCGAGGACCCAAAGGCCCACCGGGACCUCCAGGCCUUCAGGGACCUAAAGGAGAGAAGGGCUUCGGGAUGCCAGGUCUGCCAGGCCUCAAGGGUCCUCCAGGGAUGCACGGCCCCCCUGGCCCCGUCGGACUCCCAGGAGUGGGCAAACCAGGAGUGACAGGCUUCCCUGGGCCCCAAGGGCCCCUGGGGAAGCCAGGGCCACCAGGAGAGCCUGGCCCACAGGGCCCAAUUGGGGUGCCAGGGAUUCAAGGACCUCCUGGGUUGCCUGGAGUCGGAAAGCCAGGCCAAGACGGGAUCCCCGGCCAACCAGGAUUUCCAGGUGGCAAAGGGGAGCAAGGGCUGCCAGGGCUGCCAGGACCCCCCGGCCUUCCAGGAGUUGGGAAACCAGGCUUCCCAGGACCCAAAGGUGACCGAGGGAUAGGGGGUGUUCCUGGGGCUCUUGGACCGAGGGGGGAGAAAGGACCAGUCGGGGCCCCAGGAAUGGGGGGUCCCCCAGGAGAGCCAGGCCUGCCUGGAAUUCCAGGUCCUAUGGGCCCCCCAGGUGCUAUUGGUUUCCCUGGGCCCAAAGGAGAAGGUGGAAUUGUGGGGCCACAGGGGCCACCAGGUCCCAAGGGUGAGCCAGGGCUUCAAGGUUUCCCAGGAAAGCCAGGUUUCCUUGGUGAAGUAGGGCCUCCUGGCAUAAGGGGUUUGCCAGGUCCCAUAGGGCCCAAGGGAGAAGCGGGGCAUAAAGGUUUGCCUGGGCUCCCUGGGGUUCCAGGACUGCUUGGACCAAAAGGAGAGCCAGGCAUCCCAGGGGAUCAAGGUCUGCAAGGUCCCCCAGGAAUCCCAGGGAUUGCAGGCCCAAGUGGCCCCAUUGGACCACCUGGGAUCCCAGGCCCCAAAGGGGAGCCAGGCCUCCCAGGGCCCCCUGGGUUUCCUGGGGUCGGGAAGCCAGGAGUAGCAGGACUUCAUGGGCCACCUGGGAAGCCUGGUGCCCUUGGUCCUCAAGGCCAGCCUGGCCUUCCAGGCCCCCCAGGCCCUCCAGGGCCUCCAGGGCCCCCAGCUGUGAUGCCCCCCACACCGGCACCCCAGGGAGAGUAUCUGCCAGAUAUGGGGCUGGGGAUUGAUGGUGUAAAAACUCCUCACGCCUAUGCGGCCAAGAAAGGCAAGAACGGCGGGCCAGCCUAUGAGAUGCCUGCCUUUACCGCCGAGCUGACAGCGCCCUUCCCCCCGGUGGGGGCCCCGAUAAAGUUCGACAGACUGCUCUACAAUGGCAGACAGAACUACAACCCGCAGACGGGCAUCUUCACCUGCGAGGUUCCCGGGGUCUACUACUUUGCGUACCAUGUUCACUGCAAGGGGGGCAACGUGUGGGUUGCUCUGUUCAAGAACAACGAGCCCGUGAUGUACACGUACGACGAGUACAAAAAGGGCUUCCUGGACCAGGCGUCUGGGAGUGCGGUGCUGCUGCUGAGGCCCGGGGACCGCGUCUUCCUCCAGCUGCCGUCAGAACAGGCUGCGGGACUGUACGCCGGGCAGUACGUCCAUUCCUCCUUUUCAGGAUAUUUAUUGUAUCCCAUGUAGAAAGAAAAAAAAAGAGAGAGAUUUAAUAGAAGAAAAUGAUGCACCAAAAAAAUCCAAAUGAAAUAUGUUCAUUGCUUCAAAACAUUUAUAUAGUUGGAAAGAUAUUUAAGUGAAAAUUUGGACCGUCGUGUACAAAAACUAAGAUGCAUGUGUUUAAUCCUCUGCACAGCAGCUUGUAACUGAAAAUGAUGGGAUAGAUUUUUGUAUCAAGUACUGACACUCGUGUUGUACCCACUGGAAUCAUAUUAGCUGUUGUAUGUUAUGUGCUUCCACGAUAAUCUGCUUAUUCAGAUCAGUCAGAAUAUCUCAGUAUGAAAGAUCAUAGCUAAUGAGAGUCACUCACUCACAUUGUUUUAAAGUAUUUAUAAAUAUGCCUUAAAGAAAUGUCAAUGUUAACAACCAUCUGCCGUAUUUACUUUUAUUUGUGCAGACACUUUGCUGGGGGAAGGUUGAGAGAGGUUCUGCUCUGUUACUGCCCCAGUGGGAGGGGGCCGUGGGACGUGGGAGUAUUGUAGUCCAAGGGAUGUGUCUUUUUGUGUCGGAGGCUGUGUCUUUUAGCAACAAGGGUCCUUGUUAGAGUUGUGUGUCCGCUGUCUCUAAAAGAACAAGUGAACCAUUCAACCCUUGUAUGCAGUUAUUCAGCGCCCAGUCUGUGCCCAGCACUGGGUGAGACGCUUUGGUGAGGCAGUAGACAGGGUGCUGCCAGGAGCUAACACACCAGCUAGGAGACAUGCACAGUAAUCAACUAUGUAUGACCGAAGGCCUUCUUUUGUUUUGUUUUUCCCACGCCUGAUUUUAUUUUUUUGCCUUCUCACCAUGUAAUUUCCACUUCAGCCCAACUAUAAACACCUGGAAGUUAUAAGAAAGAAAAAAAUAACAUUUCCUGCAAUAACUUUCAGUUUUGUAGGAUCUUUAUGAUUAAUGAUAGUUAUCAAUUAAGUUUACAUGCAUGCACAGUCCCCCUCAUUUGUCUCCACACAAAAACACAGUGGAUUUUGGCCAUGGCGAUACCAGUAUUUUUUAGUACCUGUGUUAUGGGGUAUGCAAAUCAAUGUCUCAUCUGAGGUGCCAAAGUCAGUUUCCAAAAUCCAAGCCAUUCUUUACCUGGGAACAAGACUUUUCAGAAUUAUUUAAGAAAACAAAUGUUUAUUUGAGGAUACAGUUCUUAAGCUUGAAAUCGGAAAGAAAAUGUGCUGUGAAAUUACAGGUGAUGGAACAACAUUUGGUGCCCCACAUGAAGAGGCACAAAUCUUCCCCCUUUUUCUUAAAAUAGGAAAAGAAUGUCUUGAAGCAACCUGUGGACAAACUACCUGGAGUGUCAAAGAGCAGCAAGAGCCCAUGGUGUUGAUGUUGCCCCAUACUCAGCGCAA